UUAUUCCCCUUCAACUCCUCUCUAUGUCUUACCAUUUUUUACUGUUAUCUUUCCAUUUCCCCUUUCUGAUUUCUGUAAUUCUUUUAUUUUCAUUAUAAAUUCUAACGUCCAGCUGCUCCUAUUCAUCGAAAGAUCUUAACUUGAAACCCUAAAAGAUUCAAUCUUUCUCUUCCCAUUCACGAAAUGCCGUCUAUUAGGGUUUCUUUUGGUGGGAGUCUGGCCAAAUCCUACCUACGUUUUCUUAUUUUGGAUUUUUCUCGUUAUUAAGAAGAAGGCAAUGUGGUAGAUGGAUUGAUCGAUCUUAGUAUAAAGAUAGCUUUUUUGGUCCGUAAUCCCCUUUGUGGUAGCUUCGGUAGUUCGCCCAACCUUUGCCUUUAUGGAUGAUGAUGGGGGACUGGGUAUGCGUAAUUGGGCCUACUAUGAGCAGCCCUUGAAGGGGAAUUUAGGGCUGCAGCUCAUGUCGUCGGUGGCUGACCGCACCGCCACGAAGCCACUUCUCUCCAAUGGGGGAUUCUUCCACCGCGACUGCAGCAUGCCCGAGCCACCUGGUCCGAUAGAGUAUGUGAGGGAUGGGUGGAUCGGCCACCGGGAGAACAAGAUGAUCCACAUGAUGCCUGCGAAUCCCAGUUACUCAGUACUGCCCGAUACCCAUGGAGCACAUGCCCUCCCGAUGCUGCAGCCACCAGAGCCGCUCAAAGACGACAAGAUGAUCCCAAUGAUGGAUGAUCCUGGUAGCAGAAAGGAGGCACCUUUGAAGAAGAGGGCCCAUGCUAAGGCAUCAAAGCCCAAGAAGCCCAAGAAAGUUGCUGCCCCAAGGAACGAGACCAGCAAUGGUUCACUUCCGCGAGGGAGGAAUGUGAGGAAGAGCAUGGACGUUGUUAUCAAUGGGAUUGACUUGGAUAUCUCGGGGAUUCCCACUCCAGUUUGCUCGUGUACGGGCACUCCCCAGCAGUGCUAUCGGUGGGGUGUUGGAGGUUGGCAGUCAGCAUGCUGUACCACUAGCAUUUCGAUGUACCCCCUGCCUAUGAGCACUAAGAGGCGGGGGGCGCGUAUUGCUGGGCGGAAGAUGAGCCAAGGUGCAUUUAAGAAGGUGUUGGAGAAGCUUGCGGGAGAAGGAUAUAACCUUUCUAACCCAAUUGACUUGAAGACUUACUGGGCCAAGCAUGGCACCAACAAGUUUGUGACCAUUAGGUAAAGGUGUACGAUGUUAGUUAGCUUAAAGUAUGACUUGGGCUCUGCAUUUGGUUUGUUCUUCCAGUAUAUAUAGGUCUAUCACCUUCUGCAGAGGCCUUCUGGGUAGUUUGUGGCUCUGAUGUUUAUUUCGUAGUCAUUUACAUGCUUUCUUAGGUUUCCACAUUCAAGUUAGGUGGAUGUGUUGCUGUUUCUUUUCUUUUCUUUACAAGUUGCAGUUUUAAGAAAACAUCACCAUCUGUUAGGAUGGCACUUUAACUAAUAGACAGAAAGUCUUUGUCACCCUUUAUGGUUUCA